UCAAAUAAAAUAGAUGAAAUCAUGUCGAUAUAUUUAUUGAUAUAUUUAUUUCUAUAGUUUGACACCAUGCAUAAACAAACUGAAUGUAAAUCGAUGUUAGCAUCCCUAUAAGUGGAAUGGAACAAACGAUUUCGUCGUCCAAGAUGGCUGCCGUCUGAAAGUAGAUUGUGUUCAAUUUUACUUAUUUUACAAAUCCUGUGUGUUUGGGACACUUAUUCACAAUGAACGUGGUGCUGGCGGUGAAGCAGUAUGUGGCGAAGAUGAUAGAAGACAGUGGACCGGGCAUGAAGGUUCUACUGAUGGACAAAGACACGACCAGCAUAGUGAGCAUGGUGUAUGCCCAGUCAGAGAUCCUGCAGAAGGAGGUGUACCUGUUUGAGAGGCUGGACUCCCAGGGAAGGGAGAUCAUGAAGCACCUCAAGUGUAUCUGCUUUCUCCGACCAACAAAGGAGAAUGUUGAGUUCUUGUCACAGGAACUGAAGAAUCCAAGAUACGGAAUAUACUAUAUAUAUUUCAGUAAUGUCAUCAGUAAAAGUGAUGUGAAGGUCCUUGCAGAGAAUGAUGAACAGGAGGUGGUUAGAGAAGUACAGGAAUUUUAUGGAGAUUACAUAGCUGUGAACCCACAUCUGUUCUCAUUCAACCUCACUGGUUGUAGUCAGGGUAUCAACUGGACGUCUCAGGCCCUGGCCAGAAGUUGCCAGGGACUCACCGCUCUUCUGUUGGCUCUCAAGAAGUGUCCCAUGAUCAGGUUCCAGAACUCAUCCGAGAUGGCCAAGCGAUUAGCAGAAAAUGUCAGACAAGUCAUUUCCAAGGAGGCAGGUCUGUUUGACUUCAGAAAGCCUGAUGUGCCUCCACUGUUACUGAUCCUGGACCGAAGAGAUGACCCAGUCACCCCACUCCUUAACCAGUGGACGUACCAGGCCAUGGUUCAUGAGUUGUUAGGUAUCCAUAACAACAGGAUCGACCUGUCGUCCGUCCCCGGGAUCAGUCGUGACCUGAGGGAGGUCGUCUUGUCUGCAGAACACGAUGAGUUCUACGCAAGUAAUAUGUUUUUAAACUUUGGAGAGAUUGGCUCCAACAUCAAAGAACUGAUGGAGGAUUUCCAGAAGAAAACCAAGAGUCAGCAGAAAGUGGAGUCCAUUGCAGAUAUGAAGGCAUUUGUGGAGAACUAUCCUCAGUUCAAGAAGAUGUCUGGUACAGUUGCCAAACAUGUGACCGUGGUGGGAGAGCUGUCUCGCCUGGUGGGAGCUCACAAGCUCUUAGAGGUGUCUGAGGUAGAGCAGGAGCUGGCCUGCAAGUCUGACCAUUCCAACCACCUGCAGAGUAUCAAGAAGCUGUUCCAGGAUGAGCAGGUAUCAGAGCUGGACCUGGUGCGGCUGGUCCUGCUGUACGCCUUACGGUACGAGAGGCAUCCCAACAACGAGGUGCACUGGAUGAUGGACGCCUUGGGAAGGAGGGGGGUUAGUGACAGAUACAAGAAGCUUGUGUCAGCGAUUGUGGAGUACGGAGGGGCCAAGCGCCGUGGAACUGAUCUGUUCGGCACAGACAACACCAACCCCAUCUCCUUCACUAAGAAGCUCCUUAAGGGCCUUAAGGGUGUGGAGAAUGUGUACACUCAGCACACCUCCCUGCUGCAAGAUGUCCUGGAUCAGCUCAUUAAGGGUAAACUGAAGGAUGGGAGUUACCCUUACCUGGGCACCAGCACCCUCAGGGACAGGCCUCAGGAUAUCAUAGUGUUCACAAUCGGUGGAGUGACAUAUGAGGAAUCUCUGGCCAUCCACAACAUGAACAGGACCACUCCAGGGGUCAGGAUAGUUCUAGGGGGCACCACUGUUCACAACACAAAGAGCUUCUUGGAGGAGGUAUGGCAAGCGACACAAGGUCUGAGAUUCCAAUACACUAAUGCACAGGCCUCCCCUCAACACAGAUGGACAUGAGUCUUAUAUUCAAAUGGACAAAAAAAUGAUGCACAGAAUUAAGCACUUAACAGUCAACUUGCUAUCCUUCAACUGUGUAAUACAGAUAUCGCUUACGGCAUCAGCCCAGAAGUUGUAAUGAUGAAGUUGAAACUGUUUAUAUACUAGUAUUAUAAGCAAGGCUUAACUGUAGUCUUACCUGGAUCAGUACAGUCUGCAAUCAGGAAGGUGACAUGAGAAUGUAAUUAUCUAGAGAGACAUUGUCUGUUGCACUUAGGCUCUAACAAAUGUCGUUAAUACAUGUCUCGGCUGAUAACAUCUCUGUGAUCAGGUGUGGAAGUAGAAGGGAUAUACAUGUACUGCUGUGUUUUGUGAUAUUUGAGAAGCAUACAUGUUAUAAGCAUCAGGGUGCCAAGUUAUUACAUGUACUUCAUACCAGAUUGGAGUCUUUAACCUGAGUGGAAAAAUUUGCUUUGAUAUUGUUGCCCUUGGGCUGCAUUCAAAGAAUACCCCAAUUUUAGAUCUGAUAAAUUUGAUGUUGAAACCUAGCCUUGAGCUGGCUACAGAGCACUGAUCAAUACCCAUUGUGGAGUACAAUUUGGGUGAUUUGAGCUGCGGUUCUGAAAUUGAUUCCAGAUCAGCAAUCACAGCCCCUUUCCUGUCAAGAAGAAAGACCAAAAAGCUAGGUGCACAACUGUGGGUACACGUAAGAGAAAUCCACUUCUAAAAUCACUGUAGCAAGUGAACACAUUUUUUACACUUGACUGAACAGGUACAUGUAGUUGUGUGGAUAACUAAGGCUUUUUGCCUUCCGGGUUGAUUGGAUACUGCAUUCAGUUAUCUAUGCAGCAUGAAAAUUUUGAUAGAUACUGAAAAGAGUCUGCAGUUUCAGUUACGAUAUUAACAACACAAUUUGGAAAUGCUAGCACCUGUUUUCAGCUGUCAUUAGUUCACACUGGCCAAGUGAAUAUUGCAGAUAUUUUACAGUAUUCACUGUAUGGAAAAGUCAUGUGCGUAUUACAAUAUAACAUGCAUUUCAUUGAAACUGAGCCCGCCAUUAUCAGAGUAUAGAAGCGAGUCACAGAAAGACUAGACCAAACAGAUUUGGAGAGCACUAAAAACGUAUAAAUUAACUAGAAUUUCUCCCUCUGGGCCUUUGCCUGUCAUGAUGUUUCUUGUCCAUAUGUUAACAAAUGGCAUAUCAUUGUGGAAAGCGGAAACUUUGAAUCAGUCUGCGGGUCAUGAGUCAAGCAGAAGAAGCCCUCUGAUUGCCAGACUAAUGCAAUAUAAAUCACAAUUUUGCUGCUGGAUUAGUUUUCUUGACCUGUGGCACACUUAAUGUUAAUCCAUGCAGGAGAGAAUUGUAGUUGACCUGUAGUGUGGUACCAGUAAUGCCCUGAGGAAUACGGUAAAAUGAUUUUAAUUUGGAAGGGGUGAAUUUCAUCAACUGUCAGGUAUCAAGUAAAUGCUACACCCUGACUAGCUAAUGUGUAUCCAUAGUCCAGUUCAAGUGGUAAGCAUACAGAACAAACUGCCAAAGUUGUCAGAACAAAGAGGCCCAAAGUUGCUCAAUUCUUCCAAUUUUACAGAUACCAUCAUACUUUACAUCAGUGAGGUUGUCUGCAGAGGUGCCACAGGCAUCUUAUCUCCUGGGACUUGUCUGUCACUGGAGGGAGCACAUUAACCUUGACACACCUUGAAUGUGUUCUACUUUGGGGAGGUUCAUGAAAUAUGCAGGUGUCGAUGUGAAUUGUACAGACGUGUUAAGUGAAACAAGGAUUUGCAUUGCAUGUUAUCAUUUGGGGUGAUGAGGUAUUAAGGUUUUCCAGGUGUAUGAACAGUUGUAUUCUUCUGUUUUCACUUAUAUUUAUGCUUAUGUUUAACCAAUGGUUGCUACAGUGAAGUCUCGGCAGAAGAAGAACAACAGCACAGAUAAAGAAAGUAUUGUAGAAAUGUAGAUAUGUGCAAACUGUAAGAUGCAUAUGGUCUGUUAAAACGUUUGUUGGAAUGGGAAUGUGACGAGUUAUUUUUGCCCAUGUCCCCCGACUAGACUAUUGAUAUAGCAGGUGCGAAAGUAUUCAUUUGUGUAACUAUGCUUACUUUGCAGCAUUGUUAAGGCCACCUCUCCACUAGAUGGCGAUUACUGAGCAGCCAAAAUUGUGCGACCCUUGAUUUUUGUAAUUGGAACAUUAUACACGAUGUUAAAAAUAAUGUAACAUUUUUAAUUUGUUCAACUAUGAAGUUCAUGAAGUGAUCUGUCAAAUUUUCUGUUGCUCAGCAGUAGCAGCCUCUAGUGGAAACAGGAUGUAAAGAGGUCUUGAUGUAUGUUGGAAACAGGGCUACUCUCAAGAGGAGUACUUGUUUUGAUGAAUAGAUAUGAUUGCCAUUAUUCCCUUUAGAGAUGUAAGUACUGUGAUGACAGCUCCUAUUCCUGAUGUAUUAUACUGCAGAACAGAGUACCAUUGGGACUUGCCAUGAAUGACAUGCUUUACAAGUAAAGUACACAGUAGGGGAAUACAAACUCUUCAAGAGCAUUCAUCUAACAUUUCAGCUUAUAUAUUGUGCAAUGUAAUUUUAUCUUGCAUUUUUAUCUCUUGACAGUAAAACUGAUGCCAAAGUAGGUAUAUUGCUUUGCUAUUACAAUUUGUGCUGGCAUAAUUAAAUAUGCUGCACAAUAAUGACUACUUGUUUUUAUACUGUGUAGUACUAGUAGCAUUCACAUAUAAACAUGUAAACAUAUACAUGCAUAGCUAUAAACACAUGAAGUUGAUUACAUGUGUUUUACCAACACCAUGUAUAUUAAAAACGACAGAUGGGUGUACAUGUAUAUCGUACAUUAACCCUUAAUGAGAUUCCUUUAAAUGCGUAAACUGCUGAAAACAGUACAACAAAAUCCUGCAAAAAUCGUUGACAAGCCAGAGCGGUUUAAGCACGAAACCCGUUAAUGGCUUUCCCAUUUGCCAUCAAUUAGAGUAAUGUACCGGUAAUAU